AGUAUGCGCAUUUCUUACGUCAUCGUCCUUUAUCUCCCUUUUUAGCUAAAGACAUUUUUUUUCUAAAACAAUAGCAUAGUAGGCUUCUAUGCGCGUAUGCUCUACAAACGAAUUUUAUCGCUAGAAGACACCCUCAUUACCAGCGUAAUCCUUAUCAAUCAAUAAUGAGCUUUAACAUCAUUACUUUAAAGUUCUUCAAAACGGGAUGUGUAUGCAAACGAGAGUUUGUUUAAGGCGCGUCUCGGUGCGGUGCACAUGGUCUCGGCAGUCGCGCGACCAUCGAGUGUGGUUCCGGUGGGGUCGAUCACCACGCCGUGUGUGCGUGCCUUUACAUCGCAUUUGGAACGCACGCGGGCUGGCCGCACGACGCUCCGCGCAAGAAUACGCGCGAACUUUGUUAAAAAUAAAAACAUUGUUUAUGAACUGUGAUUUUUAAACUGAACUUUUAAUUGUGAAUUUAAAAUGGACGUUAUGUUUGAAGUGAUUAAAUAGAUUGUUUGAAAAGUGGACUUGUGAUGUUUUGACUGAAGUUUUGCGGAAAACUAUUCAAAAUGGAAAAAAUGUAUCGGAACUUUUUGGUGAAGUGUUUUCUUCUGGUUUUGGCCACGACUCGAAUUGAUGCAGUCCAGAGGUUCCUGGAGAUGCCCACAUACACAGAGGUGAACCCGGGAGAAGACGCGUUGCUCAAAUGCAGGAUAUCCGAGAAGAAGGGGGUCUGCUCGUGGCAGAAGGAUAAUAAGCCAGUGGGCAUCUACCGCGGCAAGUACGAAUGGGCGAACGAGAACAGUCCAAUGGGAGGUGACUGCUCGCUCUGGGUCCGAGCGGCCACCCUCGCCUUGGACGAUGGACAGUGGCAGUGUCAGGUCACUGCUAGCAACUAUGACGUGCAGGAUGCCCUAUCUAGUCCCCCCGCGGCGCUGGCAGUACGUGUGCCGCCGCAAUCGCCCCGGAUUCUGUUCAAUGGCACCCACAUUCUACCGAAUCAGAAUAUCACGGUGCCUGCCGGUGCAAGGGCCACUGUGGUCUGCGAGGCGCGCUACGGCAACCCACCAGCUUACAUCGAGUGGUAUUUGGAUAAAGAACGCUUGACCGCUUGGAGUCAGACCAACGCAUCCGAAGUAGAAAGACCUCGAGUCUGGGCAGCGCGAUCCGUUCUCGAACUAGGAGCAACUCGAGCUUCCCACGGCCGUCAACUAGCUUGCCGCGCGCACCACCCGUCUUACCCUUCGCCGUACUACCGAGACUCGUACACCAUGCUUGACGUCACUUUCGUACCAGUGGUAUCAAUCAACGGCGCAGACCCCAGCACAUUAGCUAAUCUCGAAGAAGGAAACAGCGCCCUAACGCUUGAAUGUCGCGCUGACGGCAACCCCAGCCCCUACGUGUGGUGGACCAAGAACGGACAAGUCAUCGCUACUAACGGCGCGAAGCUUAUAUUAGCUCCUGUCAUGAGGAACCAUUCAGGAAUCUAUGGAUGCCAAGCAAGAAAUUCAGUUGGGACAUCUGAUUCAGUGAAAAUCGAAAUCGAUGUCAAAUAUCCUCCCAGAGUAACGUGGGUGGGACCCGACACCGUGGUCGAGGCCAAUCUCUUCUCCCAAGUGACCUUGGAGUGCAAAGCCGAAGGCAACCCACCGCCCUCCUACCAGUGGUAUCAUAACCCCAACUCAGCCCAUCUGAAUGCGAUGCCCGAGGACGGAUACCCGAUAUCGUCGACGCCACAACUUCAGCUCCAGAACGUUUCAUACAGUCAACAUGGGCGAUACAUCUGCUUGGCCAUCAACCAGAUUGGACUGGAAGACCGAACGCAUCAAUCCGAAGCCGUAACCCUGAACGUGUUAGGCCCACCAGUGGGCGCAGAGACAUUAACCGCAAACGCAUGGAGCGGGUCCGAAGCCAAAGUCCAUGCGACUGUAUGUGCCGACCCUCCACCUCGACGAGCAGCUUGGUUAUGGGGCAGUCUGCGACUGGACGUGCCUACUACUAUAGGUCGCUACCGAGCACUCGAGCCAACGGGCGCGUUCGGCUGCUAUCGCUACACGCUCCUAAUCUCCAGCACCAGCACAUCUGACGCGCGCGUCUACGUCCUCCACGUCGAGAACGAGCGCGGCUUCUCCUCGCAUGCCGUCUCGCUCACCGUCCACGAUAAUUUUCUAACAGAGACGGCGCACGUGGCGCCGCUGAUCGCGGCGGCGCUGGUGAUCGCCGCGCUGCUGGUCGUCGUGUUCUGCCUGGUCAUCCGGUGCCGGAGAAGGAGAGAGAGCGUUGAAUACAAGACUGAUGAUUUAGAUAGUGAGAAGACGGUGCUACCAGCGGACGCGGUGUACGCCGGGCAGCAGACGGCGACGGCGGCGCCGCGGUACUCGCCCGGCGCGCUGCAGGCAGCGUUGAACUCGCUGGAGAGAGAAGCCAAAGAAAAUGUGUAUGCGGUAUUAGACCCGCAUAUACAAUACGAAAUAACUAUUAAUAAGCACGGAGAACCGCCAAAGCAUUUGUCGCUAUCUAAGCCCCUAACUCACCAAAGAGCACACGCGUUCGACACGCAACUCAAUGAGAUUAACAAUAACGAAUUCGAAAAUAGAUUCACCACAUUCAAAUCGGGACCGACGAAACUAAGACGAUCGAAUAGAAGCGAUCGACAGAAUAACGAUCGUAGCUACGUGUGCAAAACGAACAACGAUAUCGAAUACUCAAAAGACCCUUACUUUGGCGUCGCAAGAGAUAACCAAAUUAGAAAAUCUAAAACCUACUCUCGCAUGUAUGAGCGUAACAACUCAGGCAAGAAAGACAACAGGAAAACUCAAUUCGCUGAAGAUAAAGAUGCUAAAAAACUGUCGAACCGCGAUUGGAUUUAUGAAGAUAAUAAGCAUAUUAAUAAAGAACUAGAGAAAGAGCGAUCCUUUGAAGAGUUAAAAGAAGAAAACGAUGUGAGGCAAGAUACAGAUGACUACAAACCUCGGCCAGGUAAAGUCAGAGAAAUCGCUUCGAGGUUUAAUAGGAAUAGUGCAAAUGUUGGUCAGUCUGUAAAUAGUAGUAAAGGUAGGCCGAAGCCGUUGCAAAGUUACGGCAACCAGGCUUAUUUAGACCAUGUGUUCCCUGAUGCUGUAGAAAUUUGAAUAGGCUAGUUACCUAGAGUUAAAACAGCUAUUCUUCAUUCAUCUUCAAACCUAUAUUUAUGUUACUAUUUAGUAGAAUCUUACAAGCUAAUAUGACGCCACGAUCAUGUCGGAAUGCACGAAGGUUGAUAUUGGGCUGUAGCGCGUGUCAGUUGAUGUCUUUGGCGAUCAAAAGGCUAACUAAAUUAUAAAUCUAAUUAUACCUUGUUUCCUUUAUGUCUUUCCUUAAAUGCAACUUCAAUGCCGUGAAACAAACAUAAUUGAUCUAUAGGAAACUAGCCUAUUGUAUGUGAACGAGAAAUUUAUCACAUAGAUCUCUGUAUUAGUAUUUAAAUUACUCUUAGUGUAGUGAUUACCUGAAUAGACGUAAGUCUUGCUAUCUGCUUUUAUUUAUUAUAUUAACUGGUUGUUCCACUUUUCACUGCCUAAUGGUUGUAACUCAAAUAAGACUAUUUAUACCAUAGACUAAGAUAUACGUAUUAAAGUUUACCAUUUCAACAAACUCAAUAUUAAACUAAAUAACAUGCUCAGAUUUUUACUACUUUACAGUUUACUAAUACCGAAGAGUUAUUAAUCGUAAUAGAGAUGAUAAAGUCUAGGAAAAAACGAACCCUCAAAUUUUACAGCCUAAAUAGAUGGCGCUGUACUGCGCCAUAUGUUUUGUGAUCAUUGAAUUGUCAAACGUCAACUUUAGACUACCAAAUUUACAGCAUAAUAUACGAAGACGUACAGCGCCAUCUGGUGUAGGCGUCAAAUUUGCAGCACGUCGUCUUAGACUUUUCACAUCCUACACAAUCAAUGAAUCUUUGCUAAUAUACAUGUAUAUUCAAUAAUGCUUACUAAUAUGCGAUAUUGGCGUUCUUAGCUUGUAGCACUUAAGCGAGCCAUACUACCUACUAUAAAUUAUUUCUCUAUUAAGUUUUUAAGUAAGUAUAAACACAGAUAACUGGACUACGUAUUAAAUAGACGUCUAAAGUUGAUGAAGAUUGCGGUGCGUCAGAAUAUAGAGUCAGACCACGCUAACUCUGCAUGGAAUUGCCUUUGGAAAUGUGACGUUUGUGAUGACUUUGUUUUGUCAAAGUCGCUGCAGAGUUAGCGUGGAGGGACUCUAGGCACUUUUUACAUGAUGCUGACACGGUGGCAUAUUAUUUUCAUUUGAUGAAUUGACAAAUAAUAAAUAUAAAAAAAAAUGGUGAACAUGGUUGGCGUGUUUUUUAAAUAAUGUUUAGCUUACUUGAUUCUACCAAAAAGUCCUUUAUAAACAAUUUUUAGAUUUUUACGUUAUCUUUUUGUGAUAAAAUACAUAUGAAAAGCUGCAAAACGAAAAACAACUACAGAAUGUUUUGUUAACAGGGCCGUCGGCCAGUCAAAAACCUAGUCAGUACAAAAUACUUUUGCCGUGUCAGCGCCAUCUAGUGAAACUAUUACGACACGAAUUACUUUUCGACGUUGCGCCUGUCUAUAGGUACCUAUUGUCAAUAUAUUUGUAGUUUGGUUAUCUGCGGAAUAGUGGGCAUUUUAUUUAUGAUUCUGUAAUUUCUGUAUGUACUUAAUGAUAUUUUAUCCGAACUCUGUUAAAAUGUAUUCUGUCUUAUAGGAACAAGUAUUUCGUUACUGUUUACCUCUUUUGUGUAUAGUUUCUAUUUCUUAUGUUUUGUAUUGUUGAAUUUUAACAACAUUAAAUAAAAUAAAUUGUAAUUUAUAAA